CAACAAAGCCCGCCGUUGAGAAAACUCCGCCGUCGGAUUCAGCCUCGGACCAGCGCGGCUUCCACACCCUAAGGGACAGGAGCCCUUCAAGAGGCCGCGCCGCACAGCAUCCCACUUCACAGUGAUCGCGAGAGGUCUCGGAGCAGAGAUUUUUGUACCUAUUCGCAACCUGCUUAAAUUUUGAGUUAGUUCAAGAUGGGUAAGGAGAAGGUCCACAUCAACAUCGUGGUCAUCGGCCACGUCGACUCCGGCAAGUCGACGACCACUGGGCACCUUAUCUACAAGUUGGGAGGUAUCGACAAGCGUGUGAUCGAGCGUUUCGAGAAGGAGGCGGCGGAGAUGAACAAGCGUUCGUUCAAGUACGCGUGGGUGCUGGACAAGCUGAAGGCAGAGCGCGAGCGUGGUAUCACGAUCGAUAUCGCGUUGUGGAAGUUCGAGACCGUGAAGUACUACUGCACUGUUAUCGACGCGCCCGGACAUCGCGAUUUCAUCAAGAACAUGAUCACGGGAACGUCGCAGGCGGACUGUGCCGUGCUGAUCAUCGACUCGACGACGGGAGGGUUCGAGGCCGGUAUCUCGAAGGAUGGGCAGACGCGUGAACACGCACUGCUGGCGUUCACUUUGGGAGUGAAGCAGAUGAUUUGCUGCUGCAACAAGAUGGACGCGACGACCCCGAAGUACAGCAAGGCCCGAUUUGAGGAGAUCAGCAAGGAGGUGUCGGCGUACCUGAAGAAGGUGGGGUACAACCCGGACAAGAUUCCGUUCGUGCCGAUCUCAGGGUUCGAGGGUGACAACAUGAUCGAGAGGUCGACGAACCUGGACUGGUACAAGGGUCCGACUCUGUUGGAGGCGUUGGACAACGUGUCGGAGCCGAAGAGGCCAUCUGACAAGCCUCUGAGGCUGCCGCUUCAGGACGUGUACAAGAUUGGAGGCAUUGGAACUGUGCCAGUGGGACGGGUGGAGACGGGAAUCAUCAGGCCGGGCAUGUUGGUGUGCUUCGCACCGACGGGACUGACGACUGAGGUGAAGUCUGUGGAGAUGCACCACGAGUCGAUGCCCGAGGCACACCCGGGUGACAACGUUGGGUUCAACGUGAAGAAUGUGGCGGUGAAGGACCUGAAGAGAGGGUACGUGGCCUCAGACUCGAAGAAUGACCCUGCAAAGGAGGCAGCAAACUUUACGGCGCAGGUUAUCAUCAUGAACCACCCGGGACAGAUCGGUAACGGUUAUGCGCCAGUGCUGGAUUGCCACACGUCGCACAUUGCGGUGAAGUUUGCGGAGAUCUUGACGAAGGUGGACAGGCGAUCGGGUAAGGAGCUGGAGAAGGAGCCGAAGUUUUUGAAGAACGGAGACGCAGGGUUCGUGAAGAUGAUUCCGACGAAGCCGAUGACGGUGGAGACGUUCGCGGAGUACCCACCAUUGGGACGGUUCGCGGUGCGGGACAUGAGGCAGACGGUGGCUGUGGGUGUCAUCAAGGCUGUGGAGAAGAAGGAGCCAACUGGUGCCAAGGUGACCAAGGCCGCCGCCAAGAAGAAGUAAAUCUCCUGGGAUUGAAGAGACUUUUUAUUCCUGAGUACUCGGACUUGAUAAUUUUUCGGAGUAUAUGCAGCGCAUUUCGCUGAUGCUUGUGGAGACUUAAUUUUCAUUCUUACCCGCCUGAAGAUAGUCAUGUAGUUCAUCUUGGUGUCAGGAUUAUUUUAGCGAGUUCAUGUCACGGAUACCUUUACUAUUUCCUGAGUUCUCCUUUAAUGCCCUCUGUCAUAUCCCGAAUACUUGACAUGUUUCCGUUCAAGUUCAUUCGUUGACCGUCUUGAUUCCAUGGUUGUUUUGAUAUGCUCGACAGAAUAUGUCAAUUCUGUUGUCGACGUUACAGUUUGUCUGUUGAUUGAGCCCCUCUAUGUUAUCAUUUUACAAUUACUGUGAAGUUUGACUGAAGAAAAUCCUUUUUUUUUU